GUAUAUAAUAAACGUCGGCCCGCACACAGUCCUCUUUCAACCGGAUUGGAGACACUAUGGUACGUAUACCACUAUUCAAUUCAGCCUUCAUACCUCAAUCUGUCAUUUAUCUGGAGCAUCGCCUAGUAUUUUCUCAUUUCCGUGACCGUAAUCACUUUUAUGUCGCAUUUUGAAGUAGACUACGAUGGCAUUUACGAACAUUUAUGCACCUAAAGUGUACAUGUAUCGGCGAAUGACGGUUCGGAAUGGGAACUUGAUGUAGGCCGCUACAUUCAUUUUCAGCGUUAACCUUUACAUAUUUCACAACAUGAAGUCACAUUUACAGCGUGAAUGUACUUGAUUAUGAACAGAUUAUGAUACACCCUGAAAGCCUCAUGUUUGACUGCAGCUUUAGAACUGCACGCUGUAUGCUAAGCUAUUGAUGCUAAUAACGUGGUGAGCCCGGGUACAACCUAAAGUCGGUAACCUUUAGUUUAGACACGGUGAUUUUCACCAAUCACUGUGAGUUGUUUAGACUUAUGAAUGUGUCUCUCAAAUGUGUCAUGGGUUUGGAUGCUCAAACUCCAGAUAGCUGAUAAGUAUUUCUGCUUCCACAGUCCCACCGUAAGUUUUCAGCUCCCCGCCACGGGUCUCUGGGCUUUCUGCCCCGCAAGAGGAGUCGGCGUCACCGUGGAAAGGCGAAGAGCUUCCCUAAGGAUGACCCCUCAAAACCUGUACACCUGACUGCUUUCCUGGGCUACAAGGCUGGCAUGACACACAUUGUCCGUGAGGUCGAUAGACCCGGAUCAAGUGAGUGUGAUAAAGAGUUGAAAUUGAUGAUGAGCUGCAACCGAACUUGAUCAAUUUAACUGUAAUAGUAAAGUGUGGUUUUCUGCCUGUGAUGAUACUCUCGACGGGCGGACAGAAUGGGUUUUACUCCCUUGCUGAAUGUCGAGCACUGAGCGCAGUAUUGACCAUUAAACAGAUUAAAAAGGUUUCAAUAUCACAUAAUUAUAUAAUUUAGAAUAUUAAACCCUGACUGGACAGGUACUUACUUGGAGUUAAACUGUGUUUUUCUCUCCAGAGGUGAAUAAGAAGGAAGUAGUCGAGGCUGUGACCAUAGUGGAGACACCUCCCAUGAUUGUGGUCGGAGUUGUUGGCUACGUCAACACUCCCAGAGGUCUGCGCUCCUUCAAGACCAUCUUUGCUGAGCAUGUCAGUGAUGAGUGCAAGCGCCGCUUCUACAAGAACUGGUGAGACAUACCAUAAAUUAAUUGUGUGUGAUGGAUGUGCUUGAAGCAGUUAGUUGCCCAGUGGAAAUUAGAAGUCUUGUGUUUUCACUGAGUGAGUCUAACAUAACGGUGGCCCCUGUGGCAGCUCCGCUCAGGUGCCUCAUGCCCUGAUGAGCGCCGGGCUCCUCUGGCCGGUGGAAAGUGCUUCUUAGAAACCGUGCUAUGAGCCAAAAUCUUACCCAGCUGAUGAAGCCCACCUCUCAAGCCAGAGGGGAGGGCAAGCAGCUAUGCACCGUGUCCUUCCGCUGGCCUCUCUGAGGUUAUGAAGGACCGGUGCCAAUCUGUUUUCUGGGUGCCCUCAGGUACAAGUCCAAGAAGAAGGCCUUCACCAAGUACUGCAAGAAAUGGCAGGAUGAGGAGGGCAAGAAGCAGCUGGAGAAGGACUUUGCUGCCAUGAAGAAGUACUGCCAGGUCGUCCGUGUCAUCGCCCACACUCAAGUUAGUACUUCAUCAUUAAAGUUGAUUUUUACUGUCCAGGUUUUUGUCAGUGAUGAGACCACGGAUCUUGCGUCAGGCAUGGCGCCCGACACACAUGAGGAUACUUUCCAUGCUGCCUUCCUUCUGAGACUUUGCAUAUUGAUCGUCUACAUCUUGAGAUUGUGGAUUAAUUUGACUUUAGUUCUGACAUGUGACGUUUACCCACAGAUGCGUCUGCUGCCUUUGAGGCAGAAGAAGUCUCACCUCAUGGAGGUGCAGCUGAAUGGAGGCACCAUCUCUGACAAGGUGGAUUGGGCCCGUGAGAAGCUGGAGCAGGCUGUGCCAAUCAACACUGUGUUCACCCAGGACGAGAUGAUCGAUGUUAUCGGUGUCACAAAGGGUCACGGAUACAAGGGUAAGAAGAUGGUUAGCAUUAAAAUCCAAGUGUCUUAUUCAUUUGUCACUUGAAGUGAAAUGCAGCCUCGCAGUAAGAUGGUUUACAUUUUGGUAAAUAGUAUCAUGAAAAAUGUUUCAUGUUGUAAAAAAAAUUCCUGUCAGAAGUUUUAAACAUAGCCUGCCAUGUAUUUGUUAACUAGUUUUGAUGUAGUAUAAACUUCUCUAAAACAUCUAAGGAAAGAUUUGGUGUCAAAAUGUACUGGUCCUUAAAUCUAUCUCUCAUCCAUUCAGGUGUCACCAGCCGUUGGCACACAAAGAAGCUCCCCCGCAAGACCCAUCGUGGUCUGCGUAAAGUGGCCUGUAUUGGUGCCUGGCAUCCUGCGCGUGUGGCCUUCUCUGUGGCCCGUGCUGGUCAGAAGGGUUACCACCACAGGACUGAGAUCAACAAGAAGAUCUACAAAAUUGGCCAGGGCUACCACACCAAAGACGGCAAGCUGAUGAAGAACAAUGCCUCCACUGAGUACGAUCUGUCCAACAAGAGUAUCAACCCUCUGGUAAGUUCUGACAUGUGACCUGUGAUGGACUGAAACACCUGACCUGGAAGCAGGAAAUCUGACUUUCGUCUCCUUUUUUGUAAAGGGUGGCUUUGUCCACUAUGGAGAGGUGACCAAUGACUUUGUCAUGUUGAAAGGCUGUGUUGUGGGGACCAAGAAGAGGGUGCUGACUCUGCGCAAGGUGAGGACAAAGAGCUGCAGAUGCAGUACAUUGAGAAUCUUAAAAUCUGGUUUUAAGCUUCUUGCAGUAGAGAUGUGAAUUUUCUCUUACCAUCUGAACAGAUUUUAAUCACCCCAAGUGAUUACAAUCUGAACCAAGUUUUGACACUGCAGCUCCAAUUCUUGUAUGGUAAUUUUCCUUCUGUCACUCUCCAGUCUCUGCUGGUGCAAACAAGCCGUAGAGCCCUGGAGAAGAUCGACCUCAAGUUCAUCGAUACCACCUCCAAGUUUGGACACGGCCGCUUCCAGACCGUGGAGGAGAAGAAGGCAUUCAUGGUAAGACUUUGUAGUCUCACUGCUUUUCUAAAGGACAUAAUAGAAGACUUGUCUGCUAAGAAUAAACAUACAAAAAAAUAAAAAUGAUUCCUUUUGUGUGACAAAUGUGAAGAUGAGCUAAUCAUGAACUGCGAAUAUCAGUGCCCCCCUGUAGUGUUGUCCUGCACUGUUCGUAACCUGGUUCACUGGUCAGUAUGAACUCUGGGUUCCAUUCCAGUGCCACAGUGAACUCCAGUGAGGCAGGGGAGCAGUGCCUUUUUGUGCUCGCUCCCUGUUCACUCUCUGGGAACACUCUGUCUGCUCCCAGCCAACAGCAAGCUGUCAAAGUAUGAGCAGAAAACUGAUGUCAUGUUUCUGUUUCUCCUCAGGGACCACUCAAAAAGGACCGCAUCACCAAGGAGGAGACUGCUUAGAGUCACCGCCCACUACAGAGUUCUCUGCUUUAUUCACUGUCAUCUUUACUGUUGUGCAGAGUUUGAUAAUAAACAAAAACAAACAAGACUGUCUGUCUGUACUGAAGUUACCUGGUAUAAUUUAGGCUUGAUGUCCAAGUCGGCCCAGAAUUUGGACAAAAUCUUGUGUCAUGAGCAACUAAAGUGAACAAAACUU